AUGGCUCCUAAACCACCCUCCGGCGCAUCUUCCAGAGUCUGGGACGCCGUGACGCCGCCUCUGUCGGAAUGGGUGCUGGACGCGGUCUCCUCCAUGGGCUUCACUCGGAUGACGCCCGUGCAAGCCUCGUCCAUUCCUUUGUUCAUGGCGCAUAAGGAUGUUGUUGUGGAGGCAGUGACCGGAAGUGGAAAGACAUUGUCUUUUCUGAUCCCCGUGGUGGAAAAGCUCCUACGUCUGGAGGAGCCCAUCAAAAAGCAUCAUAUUGGCGCUAUCGUGAUUUCUCCGACAAGAGAACUUGCAUUGCAGAUCUAUAACGUCCUGAAGUCUUUACUUGCCUUCCACCCUCCAUCCGCUGCCGCCCUCAACUCCUCGGACGAUGAAAAUGCGCCGCGCAAAAAGGAAUCUUCCUCGACCCUCAAAGUUGUCCCACAGCUGCUGCUGGGAGGUGGAACCACGCCCGCAGAAGAUUUGAGCGCCUUCUUGAAGCACUCGCCGAACUUGCUGGUGUCGACUCCUGGACGACUCUUAGAAUUGCUCUCUUCCCCUCAUGUUCACUGCCCUCAAUCGUCGUUUGAGAUGCUCGUGUUGGACGAAGCGGACAGACUGUUGGAUCUUGGGUUCAAGGAUACUCUGCAGAAUAUCUUGCGUCGACUACCUAAACAAAGACGCACGGGAUUGUUUAGUGCUAGUAUUAGCGAGGCUGUUGAUCAAAUUGUCCGAGUUGGUCUGCGCAACCCGGUCAAGGUCUUGGUUAAAGUGAAGGGCACUUCGGGUGUACAGGAUAAGCGCACGCCGGCAAGUCUACAAAUGACCUACCUUACCGUACCUCCAUUGCACAAAUUCUCCGCCUUAAAACACAUCCUCUCCUCCGUUCAACCGACACCGCAAAAAACGAUCUUUUUCCUGUCGACUUGCUCCGGCGUCGACUACCUCUCUGCGAUGCUCCCUCUGGUCUUAGGCGAAGAUUUCCAACUGAUCCCACUCCAUGGAAAGCACCCAGCAAAUGUCCGCGAGAAAAACUUCAACCGCUUCGUAAAUUCCGUCACCCCCGCAAUCUUGCUCACCACCGACGUCGCAUCGCGCGGGCUGGAUAUUCCCUCCGUCGACCUUGUCGUUCAAAUCGAUCCUCCAUCAGACCCGAAGACCUUCAUCCAUCGUUGCGGCCGUGCCGGCCGUGCCGGACGUCGGGGAAUAAGUGUCGUCAUGCUGCAUCCGGGACGUGAAGAAGAUUACGUCUCGUUCCUCGAAGUCCGCAAAACGCCUGUGACGCCGUUUCCGCAUCCCAUCUCCGUCUCCGAUGCCGAGGCUGCAGCCGACAUCGACAAAGCGCGCAAAGCGGCGCUGAAAGAUCGUGCCCUGCAUGACCGAGGCCAGAAGGCAUUUGUUAGCUGGCUGAGAAGUUACAGCAAGCACCAAGCAGCCAGUAUCUUCCGAGUUGCUGACCUGGACUGGGAAGCACUGGGUAAAGCGUGGGCACUGCUCAAGCUACCUAAGAUGCCUGAGUUGAAAAAGUUCGAAGGAGACAAAACCCUUGGUGUGAACAUGGAUUGGAAUGCCUUCGCAUACAAGGAUAAGCAACGGGAAAAGCGCCGCCAGGAAGCCAUGCAGGAGGCUGCCGAGGCUGGGCCCCAAGAAAACCCGAAUAAGCGACGAGCCAGCGAGAGUGUGGCAUGGAGUAACAAGGCUGACAACAAGAACAAGAAGUUGAAGCGUCGGGAGCAGAAGCAUGCCCGACAGGAGAGGGACAGAUGGGAGAAGAUGACAGAGGAAGAGCGACAGAAGGUCAGGGAGACAGAGGACAUGGUGGCCCAGAUCAAGGCGAAGAAUGACGAAGAGCGGCGACUUCGACGAGAAGCCAAUGCCGGAAAAAAGUCUGCUGGCGACGAGGAUGAAUUUGAAGGAUUUGAUGACUGA